AUGACCCCCACCUAUGACUCCAGAGACGGCAGCCCCCUGUCCCCCACCACCGCCUGGUUCGGAGACAGCCCCCUGUCCGAGGGCAAUCCCAGCAUCCUCGCUGUCAGCCAGCCAAUCUCCUCGCCCGAUAUCCUGGCCAAGCUCUACAAGCCCCAAUCCCUCCUGGACAAGGCCAAGAUCAACCAGGGCUGGAUGGACUCAUCCAGGUCACUGAUGGAGCAGGAUGUCAAGGAGAAUGAGGUGCUCCUCCUUCGGUUUAAAUACCACAGCUUCUUCGACCUCAACCCCAAGGUACAGUAUGUGGACCGUUUUUUCCAUCAGAUUCUUUAUUUAUAUAUAUAUAUAUAUUUUUUAGGGGGUAGAUCAUCUUUAAUAUUGCAUAUAUAUCGUGGCUUCUAUCAAUGUAAUUGUCUGCAUCAUUUCCAAUCCCCCAUAUAUUAUAUAUAUAUAUAUCGAUAUAUAGAUAAUAUAGUAUAUAGAUAUAUACCACAUAGAUAUAUAUUAUAUAUAUAGAGAUAUAUAUAUAUACACAUAUAUAUAUAACACAUAUAUAGAGAUAUAUAUAUAUAUAUAUAUAUAGAUAUAUAUUAUAGAUAGAUAUAUACACAUAUAUAUUAUAUAUAAUAUACAUACAUACAUCAUACAAUACAUACAUACAUACAUACAUACAUACAGUGAGGGGAAAAAGUAUUUGAUCACCUGCUGAUUUUGUACGUUUGACCACUUACAAAGAAAUGAUCAGUCUAUAAUUUUAAUGGUAGGUUUAUUUGAACAGUGAAAAUCCAGAAAAAAACGCAUGUCAAAAAUGUUAUAAAUUGAUUUGCAUUUUAAUGAGGGAAAUACGUAUUUGACCCCCUCUCAAUCAGAAAGAUUUCUGGCUCCCAGGUGUCUUUUAUACAGGUAACGAGCUGAGAUUAGGAGCACACUCUUAAAGGGAGUGCUCCUAAUCUCAGUUUGUUACCUGUAUAAAAGACACCUGUCCACAGAAGCAAUCAAUCAAUCAGAUUCCAAACUCUCCACCAUGGCCAAGACCAAAGAGCUCUCCAAGGAUUUCAGGGUCAAGAUUGUAGACCUACACAAGGUUGGAAUGGGCUACAAGACCAUCGCCAAGCAGCUUGGUGAGAAGGUGACAACAGUUGGUGCGAUUAUUCGCAAAUGGAAGAAACACAAAAUAACUGUCAAUCUCCCUCGGCCUGGGGCUCCAUGCAAGAUCUCAUCUCGUGGAGUUGCAAUGAUCAUGAGAACGGUGAGGAAUCAACCUAGAACUACACGGGAGGAUCUUGUCAAUGAUCUCAAGGCAGCUGGGACCAUAGUCACCAAGAAAACAAUUGGUAACACACUACGCCGUGAAGGACUGAAAUCCUGCAGCGCCCGCAAGGUCCCCCUGCUCAAGAAAGCACAUAUACAUGCCCGUUUGAAGUUUGCCAAUGAACAUCUGAAUGAUUCAGAGGAGAACUGGGUGAAAGUGUUGUGGUCAGAUGAGACCAAAAUGGAGCUCUUUGGCAUCAACUCAACUCGCCGUGUUUGGAGGAGGAGGAAUGCUGCCUAUGACCCCAAGAACACCAUCCCCACCGUCAAACAUUAUGCUUUGGGGGUGUUUUUCUGCUAAGGGGACAGGACAACUUCACCGCAUCAAAGGGACGAUGGAUGGGUAUUCCAGCAUGAAAUGGCCCAAAACACACGGCCAAGGCAACAAAGGAGUGACUCAAGAAGAAGCACAUUAAGGUCCUGGAGUGGCCUAGCCAGUCUCCAGACCUUAAUCCCAUAGAAAAUCAUCUGUGGAGGGAGCUGAAGGUUCGAGUUGCCAAACGUCAGCCUCGAAACCUUAAUGACUUGGAGAAGAUCUGCAAAGAGGAGUGGGACAAAAUCCCUCCUGAGAUGUGUGCAAACCUGGUGGCCAACUGCAAGAAACGUCUGACCUCCGUGAUUUCCAACAAGGGUUUUGCCACCAAGUACUAAGUCAUGUUUUGCAGAGGGGUCAAAUACUUAUUUCCCUCAUUAACAUGCAAAUCAAUUCAUGACAUUUUUGACAUGCGUUUUUCUAGAUUUUUUUGUUGUUAUUCUGUCUCUCACUGUUCAAAUAAACCUACCAUUAAAAUUAUAGACUGAUCAUUUCUUUGUCAGUGGGCAAACGUACAAAAACAGCAGGGGAUCAAGUACUUUUUUCCCACACUACCAUUCAAAAGUUUGGGGUCACUUAGAAAUGUCCUUGUUUUCGAAAGAAAAUCUAUUAUUUUGUCCAUUUAAAAUAACAUCAAAUUGAUCAGAAACACAUUGUUAAUGUUGUAAAUGGGUAUUGUAGCUGGAAACGGCUGAUUUUUAAUGGAAUAUCUACAUAGGCGUACAGAGGCCCAUUAUCAGCAACCAUCAGUCCUGUGUUCCAAUGGCACGUUGUGUUUGCUAAUCCAAGUUUAUCAUUUUAAAAGGCUAAUUGAUCAUUAGAAAACCCUUUUGCAAUUAUGUUAGCACAGCUGAAAACUGUUGUGCUGAUUUAAAGAAGCAAUAAAACUGGCCUUCUUGAGACUAGUUGAGUAUCUGGAGCAUCAGCAAUUGUGGGUUCGAUUACAGAAUCAAAAUGGCCAGAAACAAAUAACUUUCUUUUGAAACUCGUCAGUCUAUUCUUGUUCUGAGAAAUGAAGGCUAUUCCAUGCGAGAAAUUGCCAAGAAACUGAAGAUCUCGUACAACGCUGUGUACUACUCCCUUCACAGAACAGCGCAAACUGGCUCUAACCAGAAUAGAAAGAAGAGUGGGAGGCCCCAGUCCACAACUGAGCAAGAGGAUAAAUACAUUAGUGUCUAGUUUGAGAAACAGACCCCUCACAGGUCCUCAACUAACAGCUUCAUUAAAUAGUACCCGCAAAACACCAGUCUCAACGUCAACAGUGAAGAGGCGACUCCGGGAUGCUGACCUUCUAGGCAGAGUUGCAAAGAAAAAGCCAUAUCUCAGACUGGCCAAUAAAAAGAAAAGAUUAAGAUGGGCAAAAGAACACAGACACUGGACAGAGGAAGAUUGGAAAAAAAGUGUUAUGGACAGACAAAUUGAAGUUUGAGGUGUUCGGAUCACAAAGAAGAACAUUUGUGAGACGCAGACCAAAUGAAAAGAUGCUGGAGGAGUGCUUGAUGCCAUCUGUCAACCAUGGUGGAGGCAAUGUGAUGGUCUGGGGGUGCUUUGGUGGUGGUAAAGUGGGAGAUUUGUACAGGGAAAAGGGGAUCUUGAAGAAGGAAGACUAUCACUCCAUUUUGCAACGCCAUGCCAUACCCUGUGGACGGCGCUUGAUUGGAGCCAGUUUCCUCCUACAACAGGACAAUGACCCAAAGCACAGCUCCAAACUAUGCAAUAACUAUUUAGGGAAGAAGCAGUCAGCUGGUAUUCUGUCUAUAAUGGAGUUGCCAGCACAGUCACCGGAUCUCAACCCUAUUGAGCUGUUUUGGGAGCAGCUUGACCGUAUUGUAUGUAAGAAGUGCCCAUCAAGCCAAUCCAACUUGUGGGAGGUGCUUCAGGAAGCAUGGGGUGAAAUCUUUUCAAAUUACCUCAACAAAUUGACAACUAGAAUGCCAAAGGUCUGCAAGGCUGUAAUUGAUGCAAAUGGAGGAUUCUUUGACGAAAGCAAAAGACACAAUUAUUAUUUAUAUUAAAAAUCAUAAUUUCUAACCUUGUCAAUGACUACAUUUCCUUUGCAUUUUGCUAUAUUUCUUAUUCAAAUUCAUUUAAUGUAUGUUUUCAUGGAAAACAAGGACAUUUCUAAGUGGCCCCAUACUUUUGAACGGUAGUGUAUAUUUUUGUAAAUAUAUAAAGCACCAGUCAAAAGUUUGGACACACCUACUCAUUCAAGGGUUUUUCUUUAUUUUUACUAUUUUCUACAUUGUAGAAUAAUAGUGAAGACAUCAAGACUGAAAUAACAGGUAUGGAAUCAUGUAGUAACCAAAACAAUUUGAGAUGGUUUGGGAUGAGUUGGACCGCAGAGUGAAGGAAAAGCAGCCAACACACCCUUUGCCUUGAUGACAGCUUUGCACACUCUUGGCAUUCUCUCAACAACUUCACCUGGAAUGCUUUUCCAACGGUCUUGAAGGAGUUCCCACAUAUGCUGAGUUCUUGUUGGCUGCUUUUCCUUCACUCUGCGGUCCAACUCAUCCCAAACCAUCUCAAUUGGGUUGAGGUCGGUUGAUUGUGGAGGCCAGGUCAUCUGAUGCAGCACUCCAUCACUCUCCUUCUUGGUCAAAUAGCCCUUACACAGCCUGGAGAUGUGUUGGGUCAUUGUCCUGUUGAAAAACAAAUGAUAGUCCCACUAAGCGCAAACCAAAUGGGAUGGCGUAUUGCUGCAGAAUGCUGUGGUAGCCAUGCUGGUUAAGUGUGCCUUGAAUUCUAAAUAAUUCACAGACAGUGUCACCAGCAAAGUACCAUCACACCUCCUCCUCCAUGCUUCAUGGUGGGAACCACACAUGUGGAGAUCAUCCAUUCACCUACUCUGUGUCUCACAAAGACACGGCGGUUGGAACCCAAAUUUGGACUCAUCAGACCAAAGGACACAUUUCCACCAGUCUAAUGUCCAUUUCUCAUGUUUCUUGGCCCAAGCAAGUCUCUUCUUCUUAUUGGUGUCUUUUAGUAGUGGUUUCUUUGCAGCAAUUUGACCAUGAAAGCCUGAUUCACUCAGUCUCCUCUGAACAGUUGAUGUUGAGAUGUGUCUGUUACUUGGACUCUGUGAAGCAUUUAUUUGGGCUGCAAUUUCUGAGGCUGGUAACUCUAAUGAACUUAUCCUCUGCAGCAGAGGUAACUCUGGGUCUUCCUUUCCUGUGGCGGUCCUCAUGAGAGCCAGUUUCAUCAUAGCGCUUGAUGGUUUUUGUGACUGCACUUGAUGAAACGUUCUUGAAAUUUUCCGUGUUGACUGACCUUCAUGUCUUAAAGUAAAGAUGGACUGUCGUUUUUCUUUGCUUAUUUGAGCUGUUCUUGCCAUAAUAUGGACUUGGUCUUUUACCAAAUAGGGCUAUCUUCUGUAUACCCCCCUACCUUGUCACAACACAACUGAUUGGCUCAAAUGCAUUAAGAAGGAAAGAAAUUCCACAAAUUAGCUUUUAACAAGGCACACCUGUUAAUUGAAAUGCAUUCCAGGUGACUACCUCAUGAAGCUGGUUGAGAGAAUGCCAAGAGUGUGCAAAGCUGUCAUCAAGGCAAAGGGUGGCUACUUUGAAGAAUCUCAAAUAUAACAUUUGUUUAUCACUUUUUUGGUUACUACGUGAUUCCAUAUGUGUUAUUUCAUAGUUUUGAUGUCUUCACUAUUAUUCUACAAUGUAGAAAAGAAACGUUUGACUGGUAGUGUAUAUAUAGGGCGGUGCACAAUUGGCCCAGCGUCGUCCGGGUUUGGCCGGUGUAGGCCGUCAUUGUAAAUAAGAAUUUGUUCUUUACUGACUUGCCUAGUUAAAUAAAGGUUAAAUAAAUAAAUAAAUAAAAAUAUAUAUUUUUUCCUUCUUUAUUACUUUCCCCUAACCCAACCACCCCUCCCCUAAUUGGAGUAAACUAAUGGACAACAAUACUUAUGCUUCCACUUGCAGUUUAUACAUACUACAUAGAUUUCACGGACAGUAUAAUUGACGUUAGUUAUCUUUUGUUUGUUUUUAGUCCCAGCCUUGGCUACCCUCAACCUUUCCAUCUAUCUCUGAAGACCAUCCAGUUUUGAUUUCUAGCUGCCAUAUAUUUUUCCACUGUGCUGUGAUGUUUCACAAAAGUUCUGAACCUUUCUAUUGUCAUAGUUUCUACAGAUUGUAAAUGAAAGACAAUCACCUUUGCUAAGAGUAUUAUUAUAUUAUUGAUCGAUUGACUAUGACCCAGCAGUGCUAUUUGCAGAGUUGGCUCCAAGUAAAUGUUGCAUUUUGUCAGCCAUUCCUGAACCUGCGACCAAAAACAAGCUACAUAUGGGCAGUACCAAAACAAGAGAUCUAAUGAUUGUCUCUUCGCAGCAAAAUCUGCAGAGCUGGGAUGGUUGUAUCACCCAUAUAUACAGUGCAUUCAGAAAGUAUUCAGACCCUUUUGCCUUUUCCACAUUUUAUUCUUGAUUAAAUUAAUGUUUUUUCUCAUCCAUCUACACACAAUACCCCAUAAUGACAGUGAAAACAGGUUUUUAGAAAUGUUAAAACAUUUAAAACAGAAAUACCUUAUUUACAUACGUAUUUAGAACCUUUGCUAUGAGACUUGAAAUUUAGCUCUGGUGCAUCCUGUUUCCAUUGAUCAUCCUUGAGAUGUUUCUACAAGUUGAUUGGAGUCCAUCUGUGGUAAAUUCAAUUGAUUGGACAUGAUUUAGAAAGGCACACACCUGUCUAUAUAAAGUCCCACAGUUGACAGUGCAUUCAGAGCAAAAACCAAGCCAUUAGGUCGAAGGAAUUGUCCGUAGAGAUCCGAGAUAGGAUUGUGUCGAGGCACAGAUCUGGGGAAGGGUACCAAAAAGAUUUCUGCACGAUUGAAGUUUCCCAAGAACACAGUGGCCUCCAUCAUUCUUAAAUGGAAGAAGUUAGGAACCACCAAGACUCUUCCUAGAGUUGGCCGCCCGGCCAAACUGCGCAAUCGGGGGAGAAGGGCCUUGGUCAGGAAGGUGACCAAGAACCCGAUGGUCACACUGACAGAGCUCUAGAGUUCCUCUUUUCAGAUGGACAACCAUCUCUGCAGCACUCCACUAAUCAGGCGUUUAUGGUAGAUUGGCCAGACGGAAGCCACUCCUCAGUAAAAGGCACUUGACAGCACGCUUGGAGUUUGCCAAAAGGCGCCUAAAGGACUCUCUGACCAUGAGAAACAAGGUUCUCUGGUCUGAUGAAUCCAAGAUUAAACUCUUUGGCCUGAAUGCCAAGUGUCAUGUCUGGAGGAAACCUGGCACCAUCCCUACGGUGAAGCAUGGUGGUGGCAUCAUCAUGCUGUGGGGAUGUUUUUCAGCGGUAGGGACUGGGAGACUAGUCAUGAUUGAAUGCACUGUAUAACAUUCUAUUGGUUGCAAGAAUUUUGUAUAAUCAUUUAAAUUAUAAAACUCUUAAGUUUUGAAUCCGGCGUCUUGUGUAUCAGUUCAUAAACCAUGUGCCAUGGAAUCGGUACAUCGAAAAUCUCCUCCCAACUAUUUUGCAACCUGUAUGGUACAGCUGUCAAUGUUUUGGUCCUUAAAUGAAACUGGUAUCGUUUUUUAUUUAUCACAAUUUUCUUUAGCCAAUUUUGUUCUUUAAUGCAGGGCCAACAGACAAGUUCCUUACCUUCUCCCCUUUCCACUUGCCUCCUCCAUUUUUGUGGUAAUGCUGCAAUCAGUUGGUUGUAAUUUUGGAUAGAGUAGACUUUUCCAUAUAUUUUAGUUAACUGCAUGUGUGACAACUUCUCCAGUGCUAUUUCUGAUAUAAUUUACAAAUACCGUUUUUUUUUUUUUUUUUUUUUCAAAUAAUGUUUUUUUUUUAAUCAAUUAGUAUAUUUGAGUUUAACCAUAAUAUUUGUUGUAAUAUUUGUUUGGUCUUUUCUGGGGGAUUAAACUGAAAUUGCAACCAUUUUCUAUUGCUUGUUUUAAAAAUAGCUAUAUUUUGGAGAUGGUUUAAUUUUCAAAUAACCGAAAGUGAGAGGUUGUAAUCUGAAUGAAGAGAAAAAGGCCAUUCUUGAACAAGGGGUGAGCCAUUCUUACUAAUCUGCUAGAGAAGCAGAUCGUAUUUAAGUAUAGUUUUUGUAUGACUGAAGCCUUUAGUGAGAGGUCCAAUGCUUUAAUAUUUAAUAAUCAUUAUAUUAAUAGACCCGUUUAAUUUUGUCUGGCUUGCCGUUCCAAAUGAAGUGGAAUAUUAUUUUGCUCAUUUAAAAAACAAGUCGUUAGGUGUAGGCAGGGCCGUAAGUAAAUAGUUCAACUGGGAUAUGACUAAAGAAUCAAUCAGGGUGAUUUUUCCACAAAUAGACAUGUAUUGUCCUUUCCAUGGUAGCAAAAUCAUAUCUCAUUUGGCUAACUUUCUAUUAAAAUGUAUUGUAGUGAGAUCAUUUAUUUAUUUCGGGAUAUGACUACUGAGUAUGUCCACUUCACCGUCUGACCAUUUUAUUGAUAAACCACGCGGUAAUGGAAAAGUUGUAUUUAUUAGAGAUCUUAUAUGUAAUAUGGUACACUUAUCAUCAUUCAGUUUUAAUCCAGAGAGGUUGAAAAAAUUGAUCUAGAUCCUCAAUGAAGCUGUGCAGAGAUCCAAAUAGCAUAUUUUAAAGAAAUAAUGAAUCGUCAGCGUACAAUGACACCUUUGUAUUUAAGCCCUGGAUUUCUAGCCCCUUGAAAUUAUUGUUUGAUCUGAUUUUAAUAGCUUACAUUUCGAUGGCCAUAAUAAAUAGAUAUGCCGAUAGUGGACAGCCUUGUUUUACUCCUCUUGACAAUUUAAUACGGGCGGCGGCAGGUAGCUUAGUGAUUAAGAGUGUUGUGCCAGUAACCGAAAGGUUGCUGGUUCUAAUCCCCGAGCCAGCUAGGUGAAAAAUCUGUCGAUGUGCCCUUGAGCAAGGCACUUAACCCUAAUUGCUCCUGUAAGUCGCUCUGGAUAAGAGCGUCUGCUAAAUGACUUAUUAUUAUUAUAAUACUUUCUGAGAAGUAGCCAUUAUUUACUAUUUUACACCUGGUGUUACUAUACAUAACUUUAACCCAUUGUCUAAGAGUCAAAAUUAAAAAGUCCAGGCAUUUAUAUAUAAAUUCCAGUUGUACUUUAUCAAAGGCCUUUUCAAAGUCAGCUAUGAAUACCAGGCCUGGUUUCCCAGAUUUUUCAUAGUGUUCUAUUGUUUCCAGUACUUGUCUUAUAUUAGCUCCAAUAUAUCGUUCAUGUAAAAAACCUGUGAUUAGGAUUAAUAAUAUCUGACAAUACCUUUUUAAUUCUAUGCGCUAUGCAUUUUGCUAGGAUUUUGGCAUCACAACACUGAAAUGUAAGGGGUCUCCAGUGUUUUAGGUGGACUGGAUCUUUAUAUUUACCAUCUGUGUCCUGUUUCAGUAAUAGUGAAAUCAUAGCUUCUUGCUGAGUAUCUGAUCGUCUACCAGUGGUUAGAACAUGUUAAUACCACAUUCAAAACAUGCACACACACACACACACACAAUUCCACCAGCCUUCUGCAGCUGGCAGAUUUUGGGGAGCGUAGAGUGGAGAGGAAGUACCCCUCUGGCCUGUCCUGUUUUCUCAGCUGGACUGUCUCGGAGUGAUGUGUGUGUGGGUCUGUCUAUGCUAUGUGCUUGUGAAGAGACAGGCUUGGUGCCAGGGCUAACUGUAUCUGUUCUCUUCCCCCCCCACAGUACGAUGCCAUCCGGGUGAACCAGCUCUAUGAGCAGGCCAAGUGGGCCAUCCUGCUGGAGGAAAUAGAGUGUACUGAGGAGGAGAUGAUGAUGUUCGCCGCCCUGCAGGUGAGACCUGUGUACUAUAUGUGUGUCAGUGUGUGUUUGUGCGUGCGUGUGUGUAGGGAUCAUGUUCAUUGUCCUGGUUGAGGACUGCUUACUUAGCCCUGCAGUAGUUACCUUCUCUAUGGGCUCACUGCCUUGCGAACAGAACACAGAAGAACAGCAAAUUAUUUGAAUGGGCAUGUUGCCCAGUGUUGAGACUCUGAUGUGGUGGGUGUCUGAUCUGCUUUGCAGCAGUACACAGAAACAUGGUCCUCCUAUUAACUGUAUGCAGGGCUGUAUGCUUGCACAGAGCAACUGCAAUGAAAACCAAAUGAUCCUGUCUGUGACGCCUUGUCUCUAGAAACAACCCACUCCAGACUCCUGCCAUUAAAGGUGGUGAGACUAGACACCUCACUGACACUUUAGACUUGUUCAAGUGCUGUUCAACCCCAUAGUUAACAACUGCUGUGGACCUAUCGGUUAUGUCACUGCUUCUUAUAUACAAGUUGUGUAAUAUAAGAGGAAUAGUGAAGAGCGGGAAGGAGAGUGAAGGUAGGUUUUGGGGGGGGGGGGGGGUUUGGGUUGCCCCCUGAGCCCAGGGCAGCCCUGUUAUUUCCAAUCCUCCUAAAGCCUGAGUGACAGGACAUGGGGACACCAGUGUGUCCUCACCCUAACGGGUCAUUAUAGAGUAACCAUUACUACUGGACUCAUCCCACCGGAUGGACCACCCACUCCAACCCCAACCCAACCUGUAGCCUCCUACACAUUCCUCAAUAUCCCCACUUAAAUUGAAAGGUGUUACCGUGCUGGGGUCUUCAACAGGGGCCGGGGUGUUUAUUAAUACACCAUACACAGAUGCUAAUCUGCAGUGUGUUUGGAUUAGCAGCUAGCAUGUCUCUGUCUGUUAGCGACGCUAUCUAUCGUUAUCUCUUGCUAAGUUAAAGGUAGCUGUGACAAGGUAACCAGACCAGACCAGAACAUGGUGAGACUGGCUCUAUCUUGGUACAGAGGAUAGUGUGAAUGAAUGGCCAGGUAAGGCCAGAGACUCGUCCCAAUAUUACAAACAGGAUUCUGACCAGACUAGAUGGUAUUUCCAUUGUGAAUCAAUGCAGAAAUGCUGCACGCGAUGUCCCAAGUCUGCACUACUCACAUGUGCUCCUAGUAAAGACACAUUUACAGUCACUUAAGAUCUGCUGAGAUUGCGGCAUCUAGACCCUCCCCCCAUUUCCCCUACUAAAUAAUCCCCUUCCCCCCCCAAAGCCACUCUCUGUCUCACAGACAUGGUUUCUCCACACUGUACGCACACACUAUCCAUUGUCUAUGAAUGCUUUGUUUUACAGUCAUAUUUUGAUGGUGUAGACCUCGUAUUUACUGAGAAAUGUGGUAACAUGGGUAUUUUCUGGUACUCGCUUCAAAGAAUUCAAAAUAAUUAUUGUUAACUACCAGUUAGUGCUUCAUGGUACUGACUUCUACAAAACCCAAAGAAACUCAGAAGUAUUUAUUGGACAAUCAUCGUGUUUUUACCACUUCAUAUGCUAUGAAAGGGACUAGGCAAUCACUACCAAUGUACAUCCAAACGAAACCCAGUGGAGCAAAACAGAAAAGUUACAUUAACAGUCAUUAUUUUCCUAAUGACAUUCACAAUAUCAAACAGGAGACUGGUGUUGACACAUUAUUCACUGUCAUGGCAUAUAGGGUAAAGGACUAUAGGCUAAACAUUAGCCCCUUCUCUCUCUGUCCCCCAGUACCACAUCAACAAGCUGUCCAUCAUGUCGUCAGACAACCACAUGAACAACAGUGAGAAGGAGGUGGACGAGGUGGACGCUGCCCUGUCAGACCUGGAGAUCACCCUGGAGGGAGGCAAGACCUCCAACACCCUGGUAUUACACCUUACUGUCCUAUACUAACCACAACCCUAACCCUGUCAGACCUGGAGAUCACCCUGAAGGGAGGCAAGACCUCCAACACCCUGGUAUUACACCUUACUGUCCUAUACUAACCACAAUCCUAACCCUGUCAGACCUGGAGAUCACCCUGGAGGGAGGCAAGACCUCCAACACACUGGUACAACUACUGCAUUUUACUGUAAUUCAGAACACUCCCUCCUCUCUCAAUGAAAUUCUAUUCUUGUCAUUAUAAUCCAAAUUUGUGCUGACUGAUCAACACAGUGUCAAGUUACUUUUCAAUAUAUUCCCGAAACCUGAAGUCACCAUCCACAAGUAAAAAGUAGCAGGCAUGUGGGUUGCACACGAAGCAUCCAAGUAAAAAAACUAACAUAUUAAUGAUCAUUGCUUGCUUGCGUGACCUGUGUGCAGUCAAAAUAAAAUGCCAUGCUUGCUAACUUGGUUAGCUAUGUGAUAAAAUGAAACAGUUUUGAACACAUCAACUGUUUUAGACUAUUUUUUUUACCAAGCAAGAUAAAUAAACGUUCAAUCAGUACAGAAUGAACGCGUGCUGUCAUCACCAGACUGUCCAUUUAAAUAGUGUCAAGUUGAUGAAUCUAUAACAGGGUUCGUAGCGUAACGGUUGGCGUCACCGCCCUGGGAUUUGAAGGUCCUGGGUUCGCCUACCAGAGGGUUUAUUUUGACCAUUCUCUUUCAUGUAUAGAUUUUGACACCCCCCUCCCUUUACCGACACACACACACACACCGGCGCGCAAACAUGCUCCUUUUCAUUUAUUAGGUGUCUCUUAAAAGAGCCUUUGGGUUCGUUGGGCAUUGUUGAGUGGCAAGGGACAGGGAGUGUGACGUGUACUGGUACGCUUGUCUUGCUACUACGGAGGAGAAAAUGGUGGAGACCAGCUUUCAAACUCUCAAGUAAGACAUUGUUGCCCUCAUCUGUCAGAUGCACUCCAUCUCUACAGGACAAAUGGACACGUUGUAAACGUUUCUCCUUUUCUGGCGCCACUUUCUUUCAUUUGAGAAGCUAAGAAAUGUGUCAAGCUGGCCCGGGUGGAACUGGAAAACUACUGACACUUUGCAUAUCUGAAUAAGCGUAUCGUACACUAUCAGUCGCACUUAUGUAGCCUUUGUUCUCUUCCAAAUGAGUACUCCCAUCUGUUUUCAUAUUUAUACUGCCAUUUAUAAAUGUGGGAAUGUGUGCUCUUUUACUGGAGUGGACAGCAUUACUAAGAACAUUUGUAGCUAAAGGAUUUAGAGUGCCUAUCCAAUGUCAGAUUUGUAAAUAUGUACAGUGGGGAAAAAAAGUAUUUAGUCAACCACCAAUUGUGCAAGUUCUCCGACUUAAAAAGAUGAGAGAGGCCUGUCAUUUUCAUCAUAGGUACACGUCAACUAUGACAGACAAAUUGAGAUUUUUUUUUCCAGAAAAUCACAUUGUAGGAUUUUUAAUGAAUUUAUUUGCAAAUUAUGUUGGAAAAUAAGUAUUUGGUCACCUACAAACAAGCAAGAUUUCUGGCUCUCACAGACCUGUAACUUCUUCUUUAAGAGGCUCCUCUGUCCUCCACUCAUUACCUGUAUUAAUGGCACCUGUUUGAACUUGUUAUCAGUAUAAAAGACACCUGUCCACAACCUCAAACAGUCACACUCCAAACUCCACUAUGGUCAAGACCAAAGAGCUGUCAAAUGACACCAGAAACAAAAUUGUAGACCUGCACCAGGCUGGGAAGACUGAAUCUGCAAUAGGUAAGCAGCUUGGUUUGAAGAAAUCAACUGUGGGAGCAAUUAUUAGGAAAUGGAAGACAUACAAGACCACUGAUAAUCUCCCUCGAUCUGGGGCUCCACGCAAGAUCUCACCCUGUGGGGUCAAAAUGAUCACAAGAACAGUGAGCAAAAAUCCCAGAACCACACGGGGGGACCUAGUGAAUGACCUGCAGAGAGCUGGGACCAAAGUAACAAAGCCUACCAUCAGUAACACACUACGCAGCCAGGGACUCAAAUCCUGCAGUGCCAGACGUGUCCCCCUGCUUAAGCCAGUACAUGUCCAAGCCCAUCUGAAGUUUGCUAGAGUGCAUUUAGAUGAUCCAGAAUAGGAUUGGGAGAAUGUCAUAUGGUCAGAUGAAACUUUUUGGUAAAAACCCAACUCGUCGUGUUUGGAGGACAAAGAAUGCUGAGUUGCAUCCAAAGAACACCAUACCUACUGUGAAGCAUGGGGGUGGAAACUUCAUGCUUUGGGGCUGUUUUUCUGCAAAGGAACCAGGACGACUGAUCCGUGUAAAGGAAAGAAUGAAUGGGGCCAUGUAUCGUGAGAUUUUGAGUGAAAACCUCCUUCCAUCAGCAAGGGCAUUGAAGAUGAAACGUGGCUGGGUCUUUUAGCAUGACAAUGAUCCCAAACACACCUCCCGGGCAACGAAGGAGUGGCUUCGUAAGAAGCAUUUCAAGGUCCUGGAGUGGCCUAGCCAGUCUCCAGAUCUCAACCCCAUAGAAAAUCUUUGGAGGGAGUUGAAAGUCCGUGUUGCCCAGCGACAGCCCCAAAACAUCACUGCUCUAGAGGAGAUAUGCAUGGAGGAAUGGGCCAAAAUACCAGCAACAGUGUGUGAAAACCUUGUGAAGACUUACAGAAAACAUUUGACCUGUGUCAUUGCCAACAAGGGGUAUAUAACAAAGUAUUGAGAAACUUUUGUUAUUGACCAAGUACUUAUUUUCCACCAUAAUUUGCAAAUAAAUUCAUAAAAAAUCCUACAAUGUGAUUUUCUGGAUUUUUUUUUCUCAUUUUGUCUGUCAUAGUUGACAUGUACCUAUGAUGAAAAUUACAGGCCUCUCUCAUCUUUUUAAGUGGGAGAACUUGCACAAUUGGUGGCUGACUAAAUAAUUUUUUUCCCCACUGUAUUCUUAAAAGUGUUUUGUACUUGUCUAAUGACUUUGUAUUUUACAGGUGUUUCUCAGCAGUUUGUCAUUUGUCACAGGGUUUGGAUCAGGAGUUACCAAAAUUGCUAUUGACGAGCCACAGUGUUAUGCAGGCUUUUUUGUUCAAGCCCCGUGUUGUUCAUCGAGACCUUGAAUAGUACAAUCAGGUGUGGUAGAACUGGGCUUGAACAAGACAUCCUGCAUAACCCUGUAGCUUAAAGAGCAAUUAAGGCCAUCCCUGAACUAUAUCUGAUGAAUGUACGAUUGUAAAUUGUAUAUUUUGUAAUAACUCACUAUUGUUUACAGGUAAUGUAGUAUCCUACUAGGCCUUUCUUCAGUAAACUUUUAAGUACAUUUUCAUGUUAAUGGUACAUGUUGAUUAUUUUGUGUGUUUUCCAGCAGCUUUCUCGAUUGUCUUGUUACAAGAGAUCAGUGAAGAAUAAUUCAGUUUACACCAUAUAUUGCCUUAAAUGGGUUUCUGGUUUUUCCCUUUUCCGCUGGAAAAUCAGCUGUUAAUAUAAAAUAAAUACUAAUAACUACAUUAUUUCAGUUGCCAUUUGUCAUUAUUGUGUACUUUUACUUUACUUUUAUUGCUGUGUAAAAACCAUGGAAAUUAGUCAGGCUGUUUGAGAAGGUUUGAAUCCUAAGCAACCUGCCUACACAUUGUUGGAAGUACAAUAGACCAACGUAGAUACUAUAGUAGGUCAAAGCUGUGUGCUGGAAAAUCUUAGAGCAUGGGUGAGCAUCGGUGAAGUACGCAUUGUGGUGCACAUUCCCUUUUUCGGCUUCAGACCAAUGCCUACUUCUCACUUAAAACUUGUUUUUUUUAGUUUGACUAGGGCCUGGGUGAGAACUUCACUGCAAGGCAAAAAGCUACUUCAGAAGGUGUGAAUUCUAAUUAUGUAUAUAAACACUAGAUUGCUGAUGCAAUGUGUUGGCCAGUGAAAGGCUUUGAAGCCACCGGUCGGCCAUAUUGGCACUCCCCAGUACUAGCAGUCCUCCAUAGGAAUGAAUGGAAUUCUACAGUAUUUCAAUUAAAUGUUUCAAGGACAAAAUUACAUGUAUUUAAGUAUUUUGUUGUUGUAGUGGGGACAGUAACAUUUUCUAACAAUUAACCUUUAAGGGAAAUGUUAUAUAUUUGAUUAUUUGUAUGUUUAGCUCACAUAAUAUAAUUUAAAAGUAUGCAUUAGGUAUCUGUAAUAGAAUAAAUGUUGUAAAAAAGAAUGUAGACAUUAAGAAAUACAUUUCUAUAGCUUCCAAAAUAUUUUUUACAAUGGUGGGGGAGUGCGAAGCUGAAUGUGCGGUGGCUUCAAAACAGCACCCCUGUCAGUCAUCUAGUGUAUAUAUAAAUAAUUGGUAAAUUCUGUAUGGGUCGGGGAUAUCACAUGAUGUGGCCAUUGUUAAAAGUGCCUGCCCCAACAAAUUGAAGUUUAUACAGCUUAUCUGAGGAAGUUGAAGCUUGAUUACCUAACUAAUGUUUUAUUUUAUAUGCAACUCUGAGCGAUGACAUUGCAAACAUAGAAAGUCAAACUUGAGGUCAUUGUUAAAGUUGUGCUUUAUAAUCCUGUCCUUGUCCUUUAUCAAUAAUAACCAUUCAACCAGCACUAAACAUGUUUGUUCCUCUCUUCCUCUCAGGGUGAUAUCACGUCCAUUCCUGAACUGGCUGACUACGUCAAAGUCUUCAAGUAAGUUCAACAACUGCUUUGGCGGUAGAAGUUGUCUUUAAUCACAGAUCUAGGAUCAGUGUAUCAUCCUGAAAUCCAUUAGGGGGACAUUCUAAACUGACCUUAGAUCAGUGGCAACGGGCCAACUAGCCAGUUCCUCCCAAAUCCAGACUGCCUCCGUUGAUUCAUUUUGGCCCUUCCUUGAUGUCUGCUAAUGACUGGCGAUGCGCCUUUCAAGAAGGCAUUGUCCUUGGGAUGUUAAAUCUAAUACUAUGGGAGCAGGAAACAAGGUUUGGGCCCAAAUUGGAGAGCUGUUGUCUGUUCAGUAUCAAACUGGGCUGUAUGGAUUGUGUUUGUGGACGGGCUUGUUCCCAGGGCCAGCUGAUUGGUAGGGCUCAGGAUGUAACAAAAACACUGAUUACUGCAGGGAUUCGGAUUUACGUUAGGACUAGGACCAGUUAUAAUGGUCCUCUUUAGCUCAUGGCGGGUUAUAUUGGUCCUCAGUAGCUCAGUUGGUAGAGCAUGGCCCUUGUAACACCAGGGUAGUGGGUUCGAUUCAAGAGACCACCCAUACAUAAAAUCUAUGCACGCAUGACAGUCGCUUUGGACAUAGUAUCUGCUAAAUGGCAUAUGUUAUAAUAUUAUUAUUAUUAUUAUUAUUAUAUUAUAGGCUCUAACUAGGGCACAGAGCAAUAGCUUAUACAUAGCUAGGUGCCCAGAGUUUUUCAUGGUCUGGUAUGGUGGCGAGUAAAAACCCCUGGCCCUAGCCAUAAUAGCCUUUUGGCCACAGGCCCGUGCUGACAAGCAGGUAGCUCUUUAAUAAUGUUGUAAAAAUAUAAGCUGUAAACUAUUACGGAGAGGCAUUUCCACAGUAAUUGUCUUCCAUUAAAACUCAUGCCCAACGUUGGCUCCUCUCCCGUUCAUGCUGCUGACUCCGUUAUGGACCACAGAAGGAGGCUGAGAAAGCUCUCUCUUUCUUUCUCUCUCCUUUUUUCAGUUAGACUUGGCCCCUCUUAAGUGGAAGAAAAGUACCCCCCUUUUUUAUGAGGCUCGACGGCUCUCCUCUUGGUGUCUGGGGUUGGGUUAGCGAUGCUAAGCUAUGUGUUUUGUGAUUCAAGCAGAACUGACAACCCCCGUCGCUCUUUUUCUCUCUGUUCUAUGUGUUUUACAGGCCAAAGAAACUGACACUGAAAGGCUACAAGCAGUACUGGUGCACGUUCAAGGACAUCACAAUUUCCUGCUACAAGAGCAAAGAGGAGGCUCAUGGGACACCCUCUCUCCAAAUGAAUCUAAGAGGUACGAGUACACACACAUACACACACACACUAAAGAAUGCAACAGUUCCUUUAUGACCUGAGUCUGUGUGAUCCCCAAUAGUGUGUGAUAGAUGGUUUUGACCACAUCCCGCCCCCUUCCUCUCUGAACUGUUCCGCGUUUUUGUAGGUUGCGAGGUGACACCAGAUGUCAACAUCUCCGCUCAGAAAUUCAACAUCAAGUUGCUUAUCCCUGUAGCUGACGGCAUGAACGAGAUCUGGCUGCGGUGUGACGCUGUGAGUACGGCUCUCUGGCCUCCCGCAGGAAGACCCCCCCCCCGGGGGGAAACACUGAUACUGUAAAUGCAGUCCAUAUAGUCAUCUUAUAAUCAUAACCACCAUCCUUCUCUCUGUCUACUCCCUCCCCUCCCCAUGCAGGAGAAGCAGUAUGCCCACUGGAUGGCGGCAUGCCGCCUGGCCUCUAAGGGGAAGACAAUGGCAGACAGCUCCUACAACCUGGAGGUCCAGAACAUUCUAUCCUUCCUCAAGAUGCAGCACAUGAACCCUGACCCCCAGUUCAUUGCGGAGCCAGCCGUCACCAACGACAUCAACUCUGAGUGCCUGGUGUCACCGCGCUACCUGAAGAAGUACAAGAACAAGCAGGUAACUGAAAUAUCCAGGGUCUGUGUGGAGAGGAGACCCCUUUUAUGUAGCCUACAGCUGAAUGGCCCUGGACUCAAAUAUGCAUGCAUGCAGAUACAUACACUGCGAGUGAACAGACAAGUCUAUGGCAGCAGAAAGCAACCCUGGCUUAACUAUAUUUAGAUGCAUUGAUGUUAGUCAGGUGAAAGUUGAAAGAUAGCCUUGGGAGGGAGGGAGGGAAUUCUUCCAGGGGGAGAUUGUUGUUUACCCCCUUGAUGCACCCCAGCUGGGCGCCGCCUGGCAUCUGGGUUGUCCUGCACAGGAAUGCAACCUCCCUCUCUCGCUCCCUCCUUCCCUCUCCAAGGGGAUCCAAUGACAGCGGACCAUGCACUCAGCAGUCUAAAAGGGAGGAUUACCACAAGUGAGGCUCAAAGUCUAUCUCCUUACUCUAAACUAGCUUCCUUCCCUCGUCUCCAUUCUGUCAUUAUAACUGAAAGGUGACUAGCAAGGAAGCUAGUUGACUGGAUAGAGGUCCACCAUGUUAAUUUCACCCAUCCAUGUCCUUCCAGAUCUGUGCUCAAGAAGGAAAGGAGAAGAGAAAAAUAAUAUAAUGCUAAAGACUAUUGAGAGAGACAGACAGAGAAAUCCAGACACAACCUAAACGAGUUGUCUCACUGAGAACUCCGAAGCAAACCACCAAAAGCCAACCAAUGAUGAGAAGUCACUUACGCAUUAGGCCCUCAUAGGCAGAGAUUAACUUGUUUAAGGGGCAGGAACAUUGUGCUCUGUACUUAGCAAAUUCCCAUGUAAAUAACAGGCUGAUGUAUAUACUGUACAUUGGAACUGCUGAGCACAUGACUCCACAGAUGGGAGUGGGAGUGGCCUUCCCUCGCUUACUCACUCAAUGUGGUUCUGAUUAAGCUGUAUAGGAAAAGAGGGAAGUUAUUUUGGAGUGUGUGGUGGUUAAGUGUGACUCCGUACUAGUCUGGGUUUGGACUGUAACCAUAGCUUCAGCCUGGCGUGUUACUGGGUCGUCUAGGAAAAGAGCAUGGGGAAGAACCACUCAUGGUGUGUCAGUGAGAAGGGAGGAGGGGAGAGCUCAUCAAACAGGAAAUGUCUAUCCUGGGUGGACAUCCGUUUCCGCUGAAUCACACUGAAAUUGUGUUUCUGUCCCAAAAAAGGAAAGAGAAAGAGGCAAACUUGUUUAUUCGGCGUUGCUGCCCAAAAACAGGAAAUGUGUGUGAGAGUGUGUAUAGUCUGUAGUGUGCAUGUUUAAGAGAAAAUGGGCCUCCCACUCAGAUCUCAUUCAAAUUCUCACUGCUUCAGCCUCUCUACCCAGACCUGCGGGGCAGUCUGUCUGUAUGGGGCUGUGGUUCUGGCCCAUAUCCAGUCUCUGUCUCAGUGUGAGGCUGAGCUCCAACCCAACGGAGCCUAGCUAGGCAGGCAAGGGAUGUCCCUAAGGCACCACAUGAAACACUCAUCUCAUCUCUGGCUGGACAGGGCCACUGGCGGUGGGAUUAGCUAGGGAAGUUUUGAAGAGCAUUGUGUGCUUUUUGUGAGAGUUUGUUCUGUAGUGUUUGUGUUUGUGUGUGUUUGGGAGGGGAGCUUCAGGAAAUGAGUCCUCCCUGGGAAUGCAGAAUGGGAAGCCAGGCUGAGAAAAGCCACUCUGUCAGACAGCUAGUUGUGCUGUGGGACCACUCAGUCAGACAGCUAGUUAUGCUGUGGGACCACUCAGUCAGACAGCUAGUUGUACUGUGGGACAACUCUGUCAGACAGCUAGUUGUGCUGUGGGACCACUCAGUCAGACAGCUAGUUAUGCUGUGGGACCACUCAGUCAGACAGCUAGUUGUACUGUGGGACAACUCUGUCAGACAGCUAGUUGUGCUGUGGGAGAGAUGCUUGCAGGACACUGCCUCUCCUCUUUCCCUUUCCCCCAAACUGGACUUCCUCUUCUCUGACCCCCCCAUGGGACUUCCUCUUCUCUGACCCCCCCCCCUCCCCAUGGGACCUCCUCUUCUCUGACCCCCCCCCCCCCCCCCCCCCCCCCCCCCCCCCCCCCCCAUGGGACUUCCUCUUCUCUGACCCCCCCCCCCAUGGGACUUCCGUGCUCCAAUCCCAGCGGAUACGCACAGGAAUGUAUAGAUCACUGGGAGUUGGACUAGAUGGUUUCUUAACUUCCUAGUCAAACAUACAGUUUUACAUAAGAGAAAGCAAACUGGGCAGGCCAAAUAACAAGCACAAUGCUCUUUUUUUUUCUUGUGUCCUUUAAAAAAAAAAAAGUAUAUAUAUAUAUAUAUAUAUACACACACAGUGGGGAGAACAAGUAUUUGAUACACUGCCGAUUUUGCAGGUUUUCCUACUUACAAAGCAUGUAGAGGUCUGUAAUUUUUAUCAUAGAUACACUUCAACUGUGAGAGACGGAAUCUAAAACAAAAAUCCAGAACAUCACAUUGUAUGAUUUUUAAGUAAUUCAUUUGCAUUUUAUUGCAUGACAUAAGUAUUUGAUACAUCAGAAAAGCAGAACUUAAUAUUUGGUACAGAAAUCUUUGUUUGCAAUUACAGAGAUCAUACGUUUCCUGUAGGUCUUGACCAGGUUUGCACACACUGCAGCAGGGAUUUUGGCCCACUCCUCCAUACAGACCUUCUCCAGAUCCUUCAGGUUUCGGGGCUGUCGCUGGGCAAUACGGACUUUCAGCUCCCUCCAAAGAUUUUCUAUUGGAUUCAGGUCUGGAGACUGGCUAGGCCACUCCAGGACCUUGAGAUGCUUCUUACGGAGCCACUCCUUAGUUGCCCUGGCUGUGUGUUUCUGGUCGUUGUCAUGCUGGAAGACCCAGCCACGACCCAUCUUCAAUGCUCUUACUGAGGGAAGGCGGUUGUUGGCCAAGAUCUCGCGAUACAUGGCCCCAUCCAUCCUCCCCUUAAUACGGUGCAGUCGUCCUGUCCCCUUUGCAGAAAAGCAUCCCCAAAGAAUGAUGUUUCCACCUCCAUGCUUCACGGUUGGGAUGGUGUUCUUGGGGUUGUACUCAUCCUUCUUCUUCCUCCAAACACGGCGAGUGGAGUUUAGACCAAAAAGCUAUAUUUUUGUCUCAUCAGACCACAUGACCUUCUCCCAUUCCUCCUCUGGAUCAUCCAGAUGGUCAUUGGCAAACUUCAGACGGGCCUGGACAUGCGCUGGCUUGAGCAGGGGGACCUUGCGUGCACUGCAGGAUUUUAAUCCAUGACGGCGUAGUGUGUUACUAAUGGUUUUCUUUGAGACUGUGGUUCCAGCUCUCUUCAGGUCAUUGACCAGGUCCUGCCGUGUAGUUCUGGGCUGAUCCCUCACCUUCCUCAUGAUCAUUGAUGCCCCACGAGGUGAGAUCUUGCAUGGAGCCCCAGACCGAGGGUGAUUGACCGUCAUCUUGAACUUCUUCCAUUUUCUAAUAAUUGCGCCAACAGUUGUUGCCUUCUCACCAAGCUGCUUGCCUAUUGUCCUGUAGCCCAUCCCAGCCUUGUGCAGGUCUACAAUUUUAUCCCUGAUGUCCUUACACAGCUCUCUGGUCUUGGCCAUUGUGGAGAGGUUGGAGUCUGUUUGAUUGAGUGUGUGGACAGGUGUCUUUUAUAUAGGUAACGAGUUCAAACAGGUGCAGUUAAUACAGGUAAUGAGUGGAGAACAGGAUGGCUUCUUAAAGAAAAACUAACAGGUCUGUGAGAGCUGGAAUUCUUACUGGUUGGUAGGUGAUCAAAUACUUAUGUCAUGCAAUAAAAUGCAAAUUAAUUACUUAAAAAUCAUACAAUGUGAUUUUCUGGAUUUUAGUUUUAGAUUCCAUCUCUCACAGUUGAAGUGUACCUAUGAUAAAACUGACAGACCUCUACAUGCUUUGUAAGUAGGAAAACCGGCAAAAUCGGCAGUGUAUCAAAUACUUGUUCUCCCCACUGUGUAUAUAUAUAUAUAUAUAUAUAUAUAUAUAUAUAUAUAUAUAUAUAUAUAUAUAUAUAUAUAUUUUUUUUUUAGGGGGUAGAUCAGCUUUAAUAUUUCAGAUAGAUUGUAACUUCCAUCAAUGUAAUUGUCUGCAUCACUUCCAUUCCCCCAUAUGUUUUUUUUCUCGCAAAUAUAUAUAUAUAUACAGUGGGGAGAACAAGUAUUUGAUACACUGCCAAUUAUGCAGGUUUUCCUACUUACAAAGCAUGUAGAGGUCUGUAAUUUUUUAUCAUAUGUACACUUCAACUGUGAGAGACGGAAUCUAAAGCAAAAAUCCAAAAAAUCACAUUGUAUGAUUUUUAAGUAAUUAAUUUGCAUUUUAUUGCAUGACAUAAGUAUUUGAUCACCUACCAACCAGUAAGAAUUCCAGCUCUCACAGACCUGUUAGUUUUUCUUUAAGAAGCCCUCCUGUUCUCCACUCAUUACCUGUAUUAACUGCACCUGUUUGAAAUCGUUACCUGUAUUAAGGACACCUGUCCACACACUCAAUCAAACAGACUCCAACCUCUCCACAAUGGCCAAGACCAGAGAGCUGUGUAAGGACAUCAGGUAUAAAAUUGUAGACCUGCACAAGGCUGGGAAGGGCUACAGGACAAUAGGCAAGCAGCUUGGUGAGAAGGCAACAACUGUUGGCGCAAUUAUUAGAAAAUGGAAGAAGUUCAAGAUGACGGUCAAUCACCCUCGGUCUGGGGCUCCAUGCAGGAUCUCACCUCGUGGGGCAUCAAUGAUCAUGAGGAAGGUGACCAUUAGUAACACACUACGCCGUCAUGGAUUAAAAUCCUGCAGCGCACGCAAGGUCCCCCUGCUCAAGCCAGCGCAUGUCCAGGCCCGUCUGAAGUUUGCCAAUGACCAUCUGGAUGAUCCAGAGGAGGAAUGGGAGAAGGUCAUGUGGUCUGAUGAGACAAAAAUAUAGCUUUUUGGUCUAAACUCCACUCGCCGUGUUUGGAGGAAGAAGAAGGAUGAGUACAACCCCAAGAACACCAUCCCAACCGUGAAGCAUGGAGGUGGAAACAUCAUUCUUUGGGGAUGCUUUUCUGCAAAGGGGACAGGACGAAUUCACCGUAUUGAGGGGAGGAAGGAUGGGGCCAUGUAUCGCGAGAUCUUGGCCAACAACCUCCUUCGCUCAGUAAGAGCAUUGAAGAUGGGUCGUGGCUGGGUCUUCCAGCAUGACAACGACCCGAAACACACAGCCAGGGCAACUAAGGAGUGGCUCUGUAAGAAGCAUCUCAAGGUCCUGGAGUGGCCUAGCCAGUCUCCAGACCUGAACCCAAUAGAAAAUCUUUGGAGGGAGCUGAAAGUCCGUAUUUCCCAGCGACAGCCCCGAAACCUGAAGGAUCUGGAGAAGGUAUGGAGGAGUGGGCCAAAAUCCCUGCUGCAGUGUGUGCAAACCUGGUCAAGACCUACAGGAAAUGUAUGAUCUCUGUAAUUGCAAACAAAGAUUUCUGUACCAAAUAUUAAGUUCUGCUUUUCUGAUGUAUUAAAUACUUAUGUCAUGCAAUAAAAUGCAAAUGAAUUACUUAAAAAUCAUACAAUGUGAUUUUCUGGAUUUUUGUUUUAGAUUCCGUCUUUCACAGUUGAAGUGUACCUAUGAUAAAAAUUACAGACCUCUACAUGCUUUGUAAGUAGGAAAACCUGCAAAAUCGGCAGUGUAUCAAAUACUUGUUCUCCCCACUGUGUAUGUGUGUGUAUAUAUAUAUAUAUAUAUACAUAUACACACACACACACACACAUAUAUACAUAUAUACAUACAUCCAUACACACACAUCCUUUUUUAAGUUAUAUUUCCCUUCAUUACUUUCCAACCCCACCACCCCUUCCCCAAUUGGAGUAAACUAGUGAACAACAACGCUUAGGCCUCUACUUCCAGCCCAUACAUACUAUAUACAUUUUAUGGACACAGUCAAAUUCUACAAUAAUUAUAUUUUGUUUGUUUUUACUCCUGAACUUCCUCCAAUCAUUUUCAUGAUGUCAAUCUGGUUUGCUUCUAUAUGCCAUAUUUUUCUAACUGUGCGCUUUCACAAAAGCUCUCAACCUAUAACCUAUAUACUUAUUAUGGACACAGUAUGCUUUACAUUAGUUAUCUUGUUGUUAUUAGUUGUUGUUAUUAGUCCCAUCCUUCAGCUCCAUUCAACACCUCCCAUCUAUCUCUUAACACCAUCCAUAUUGGAUUUCUAUUUGCCAUAUAUUUUUCAACUGUACUGUGAUGUUUUACAAAAGUUCUGAACCUUUCUAUUCUCAUUGUUUCUACAGAUCGUAAAUUGAAAAUAAACAUUUUUGCUAAAAGUAUGAUUAUAUUAUUGAUCGAUUGACUAUGACUUUUCAGAUCACCCAGUAGUGCUAUCUGCAGGGUUAGCUCCAGGUAAAUAUUGCAAUCCUUUAGCCAUUCCUGGACCUGUGUCCAAAAACAAGCUACAAAUGGACAGUACCAAAACAAAUGAUCUAAUGAUUCUGAGCUGGGAAGAUUGUAUCCCCCAUAUAAAUAACAUUCUAUUGGUAGCAAGAAUUGUAUAUAAUAAUUUAAAUCGAAAAAUUCUAAGUUUUGAAUCCGGCGUCGUUUUGCGUAUCAAUUCAUAAACAGUCAUGGAAUCGGUACGUCAAAAAUCUCUUCCCAACUAUUUUGCAAUCUAUAUGGGACGGCUGUCAAUCUUUUGGUCCUUAAAUGAAACUGGUAAACUUUUUUAUUUAUCACAAUUUUCUUUAACCAGUUAUAUUCUUUAAUGCAAGGAUAUUGCUAGAUAACCAAUUGCAGAGAGCUGUAGCUCUCUAUACUAGAGCUGUGUGAUUCCUUGGUAUGUAUUACCACCUGGCGGACAUAAUGGGAAUUGCAUACACAAGGCGACUGGCCUGCCCUACAGUACACUAGCUAGUUAAGUGUAAAAUAAAACCUUAAACAACUGUCACCCAGACCUUUCAAGAAAUCAAAUCAGUUUGUAAUCAUUUGUGUCCAAAUAACUAAACCCUCUGCUUGCCCUGACAGAUACUGUACUGUGACUGCUGCUGCUUUCUCUCCCCAUGGAGACUGCUGCAUGAUCCUGCAGACCUCAACUCUCCUGUUCAUUUACCCUGUUCUGAUUCUGAUUAUGCUACUUUGUUUUGGAUCUGUUCUCACUUGCUUGUUUUUCAUUCUUCUUUCUUUCCGUUUUCUCUCUGCCUCUCUUCCCUCUUUUUGCACUCUCCUCUGUCCCUGCCUCCCUCCCUCUUCAGCCAGGCUAUAUCAGGGACCUGGUAAGUGGAAAUGUGUUUGUCUUUGGGUCGUGAUUGAUUUACAGUAGCAGCAGUUCUUUAACAUAGUUUCAAUAGCUGGUUUGUUUCACCUUUAGUCUUAGGUGAUACCCAGUCCAAGGGUGAUUGCUAAUUGUGUUUUGUCCGAUCUUCAUUUCCUCUCAUUUCUCCUUCAACUACUAACACACUGUGAAUGGGAUAGUAAGAUGGUAAAGUGUUGAGUCUGUCCUGAAGACCCAGGUCAGCAUCUGUCUGUCUCCUCAUCCCACUGACUCAUACACUAUGGGUUUGGGCUGCUCUGCUGCGAACACAACUUUAGGGCUGGAAAGAAACACACACACACUGGGGUGGGGAGGCACUUCAUGAGCCAUUAGUCUUAGACUGGCCUCUUGGGAUCUCAACUGUUUGUUCAUACUUUAGUUCGGUGACCUUGUGCCUUCCUAUAUUUAUGGGGAGGUGUUGGGUGUCUUUGGGUUUGGGGGUUUAUAGCAUGGUUAUAGUGUGGUGAGGGUGGGGCCAUGUGUGCACAGUAGACCUAUGUCUGUGUGUCUAGGGAAGGGCUGUUCAAUUCCGGUCCUGGAUGGCUGAAAAACGUAACUACCUGGUAGUUAAUUGCACUCACCUGGUGUCCCAGGUCUGAAUCAGUCCCUUGAAGGAGAGGAUGAAAACCAGAAGUGUUUCGGCCCUCCAGGACUGACAUUGAACAUCCCUGGUCUAGGGCUUGGUUUCAGAGUGUUGGUAUGUGUCGGUGUGACGUGUGUGUGUUCAACAGCCUUUGGAUAUGUGUUAAUCAGAUUUCGGCCCGGAUUCUGGAGGCCCACCAGAACGUGGCCCAGAUGAGUCUAAUCGAGGCCAAGAUGCGCUUCAUCCAGGCGUGGCAGUCCCUACCCGAGUUCGGCAUCACUCACUUCCUGGCCAAGUGAGUCCUCCUCUCUUCUCCAGAGCCUCUUCAUACACCUCUUUAUUGAAAUAACAGACAUCUUCCCCCAUGUUUACAAGUCUCUGUGUCUCUCUGUAUGCCUCUCUCGGUGUCUGUGUGUUUUUAGUCUUGUUGUUUUAUGGCUAACAGAGAUUUUAUUGUCAGAUACAAAAAUGCAUGGUUGAAAUCCAAUAAGCACAUUACUUCCAAUAACCACAUCCCAAGCAGUGAGCUCACUUGGAAUUCUCUGUCAUUCCCAGAUUUCAGGGCGGGAAGCGGGAUGAGCUGAUCGGCAUCACCUACAACCGUCUGAUCCGGAUGGACGCCAACACCGGAGAUGCCAUCAAGACUUGGAGGUUCGCCAACAUGAAGCAGUGGAACGUCAACUGGGAGAUCAAGAUGGUACGAAUUUCAGCUUAUAGACCAGGAAAUAAACAGUUUUAGAGACAAAGCAUUCAAUACUCUAAACACAGUCACCGUCAAUUUGUUUUAGCUUUAUCGUCUUAACAUGGCAUUUCACACGGAAAUCUUUGUUCUACUAAAUUAAUUGUCAGUAAAAUCCUAUGGUUUUGACUGUGUGAUCACUCUGUGCAUUAGGUGACGGUGGAGUUUGCAGAUGAGCCCAGCCUGGCCUUCAUCUGUGCGGAGGUGGACUGUAAGGUGGUACAUGAGUUCAUCGGAGGCUACAUCUUCUUGUCCACGCGUGCCAAGGACCAGAACGAGUCUCUGGAUGAGGAGAUGUUCUACAAGCUGACCAGCGGCUGGGUCUGAGUCUGACUACCCUGUGCCAGGGGUCAGAGGUUAGGGGUCAUUAGGGGAGGGAGGGUGGGGGCUAGAUCUUAUGAGGAUUUUAUUUGUUAUAUAUUUUUGGUGGUUUUAUUUUGGAACUGUGCUAAAGAGGCCGACACGGCCGCCCACUAUCGUCAUUGUUGUUAAAAAGCUGACACCCUUUAUUUUUUGUUGCAUUAACGCUGACAAAGGUAUUUGUAAACACUAAUAUUUUGCGCAAUGCUGCAGCCCAGAUGAUCUCUGAACUCCAACCCCUGCCUGUGGCUCCCCCAUCGCCCACAUUAUUUGACAGGAAGUUGUUUUUUCCCAUGACCCCUCUCCACUCCCCAUCCCUCUCCAAUGCACAGGGGACACCGGCCUCUUCCUCAAGCAGCGAUCUCAAAGCUACGUCCAUGAGAACCUAUCACAUCAGGAGACCUCUCCCUCCCAAAGACUCUUUCUAAAUCCCUCCCCCUCUCUCUCUCCCCCCCUCUACUCCGACUCCCCUGAAGGAACUGAUCAAAUUGGCCCAUCAGCCACUCCGCUACGGCGUCAUCCUAAUCCGACCAGACCACAAAAUCAUGUAUCAGUGUUUAUGAAGAAUCACAUUAUUUAUUUAUCCCUGUUUUUGUUUUGCUGUUUUAAUUAGUUUUUGAAGUGGCCUGUGGUUUGCCUUACAUGCUACUCCCGUGAUAUGAUACUCUUUUUAAUUUAUGCUGCAGAGUGCCACCUCACUCUCACGUAUCGUACACCCAAGUAUUUACUCCAUUUUGUAUAAAUAUAGGCAGUAGCAAUCAUCAAAGUAUGAGUAUCGGCAAAACAGCAACACACUUUUACUUUCUCAGCAGAGACAGGAAGUGAUAUGAGGUAAUUUCCUUCCGUCAUUAAGGAAAGGCUGAGGAACACAUAGCUCAUGGAGAAACUCUGGCACCGUGUCCUCUCCACCCAAUGAAGGAUUUUUCACUUUGAUCUAACUAGUCCAUAUGAAGUCACAUGUAAGCACUUCUCCAGUGUACAUAUUAUCCUUUAUGAAUAAGCUGUAGUAGUUAAAUUAAUUUGUAGUUUUUGAUGGUGUCUGAGCAUACCUCCAGUGGUAAUGUCCUCUCCGAUGUGUUCAGAAACUCUAUAGUAAUCUGUGUGAAACACUACAUACAACAGCUAACAAGUGUGCUUGAAGAGUUUAAAGAAGCCUUGGUGCACACCUACAGUAGUGCUUCCCUGUUGUCUGCAUUAGUUAGUGUGUCAGCACAACAGGGUCUGAAUGUCCUGUAAUGUGUUCUGUAAACACCUAAAUAACCAUGCCUAGUUCCCAUAGCUACCCUCAAGGUCAAAGAUGUCAGUGUGGUGCUUAAUCAUCUAGAAAGGGUCACUCAAGGAUACUCUUGUUUGAGAAGUUAUUUUGAUGGUUCAUGUUCUAAAGCAAUUACUGAAAAUGCAAAUUAGAAUGUUAUUGUCAUGGAAUAUGUGGUGCCAUGAAGGCUUGUUGUCCAAAUGAUGUGGCUCAGAUACAUGCUGCCAGCCACAUAGGGUUGUCAGAUGUCCACAGCAUAUAGGAAAGGCCUCGGCUCUGCCUUGAGACUCAGACCCUUGCCAUUGCAUUGUGUAUGUAUAGUACAGCUGGAGGGAUACUACCAAUAAUAACAGCGUUCCCAAGUGCUGCCUACUCCUUUACAUUAUUGCCAUUCUGUAUCUUACACCGUAUAGUAUUAUUAUUCAGUACCGUUUUCAUUGUUACGCACCAGCAAUAGGUCACCAAGUUUGAAGAAUGAAUUAUGCAAAGUCCGUGUUUCUUUUUUCCUCAGUAUGAAGGAACGUUAAAUGAAGUAUUAGUUUUUUGUAACUAAUGUAAAAACACAGGUUUUAUUGAAUUGUACAGUUGUUCUUUUGUUGCUGCUUUUGUUCUUGUUUUUUUGGAAGUGUAUUUUUGUUUCCAGAAAAGAGGGGGGAAGCCAUUGGUCAACAUUGUGUAGAAUGAAGAUUUGUGCCUGCCAAUGUUAGUCUUAUUGAGUUUUUAACAUGAUCUAUAUAUGAAGAUAACACUAGUCUCAAACUCCAGGUUGGUAGGAGUUUAAUGAAGAUUUGUCUCACACUACAUAGUAUUAUUAUUUCUCAGAAACAUUGAUAAAAUGGCUUUUCAAUGUACUUUUUUUCUUGUUGCCUCUCCUAUAAGCAGAAUUACAUUGCUAUUUUCUAUUCUUGCAUUUUUUGGCACUGAAUUUGCGCUCUAGAUCUGUGAACUUUCACCAAUGAAACAUCCCUAGGCUACCAAACCCUUACUCUGUUCAGUGCCUUUAAAAAUAUAUAUCACUUAAUUUUCUGAUUUGAUCACUAUUGUAGCUUUUCUUUAAACAGUGUUUUUGGUAUGAAGGAGACCCUUUUAGUUGAGGUAGACCCUGGAGUUUGAGACAAACGGGCGUAAAUGAACUGAAGUAAGAGAAGCAAGCUUAGCCAAUUUCUUUCCUCCUAGAAUGUUUUUUUGUUGUUUUUUUUGUUUUUUGCCUCCAAUGUCCAGAGCAGCAGUGCAUGGCCUGCUGUUUUCAGACUGUAAAAAAAUGCAUUUAUUUUAAGAAAUAAAAAUACUUUCUAUUUAA